ACAGGGGGCGCUGUGGAGCACCAAGCUAAAGCACCACAGCGGCAACUUCUCCAAACCCAUACAAGUGUGAGAGCACACUUCUAACGGGCGGAUGCAGGAGAGCGAUGGCAGCACCGCUCUGACUGUGUGCUACCAGAAGGCUGAUUUCUAUUGUUGGGAAUGUGCGAAACGGCGGAGCGAGCGGAAGGCGCAGAGACUGGGAGAAACGAGGCGGAGUGAAGAGACACGACCCUGUAGUUAGUUUCGCAGCUCGUCUCCCAUUUCGCUUUCAGAUCGGACUUAUUUCGGUGAAAAGCAAAAAAUAUAUAUAUAUACAGAACAGAGUGAAGAAACAGGAUUAACCCGAGCGAUCUCGUGAUGAAGAAGAACAAGCGGGUACGAGCCUGAAAAGAGUGCGUGCUGGUGUCACUGUCGCUUUGACUUACACGCGUCUUUGUGCUGUAACACUUUGUUAUUAUACAUUUGGAUACAUUUUUGAAAAAGCCCAUGCUGAUGCUCGGUCUGCUUGAUAAUACGCCAUUGUAGCUGUUUUUGUUGUACGUGUGGGCUGCUGGACUCCAUCACUAAUACCCAUUUGUUAUUGCAGAACUGAUUUUCCAUCUGCGUUUAUUUUUUCACCCUGUUCUCUCACUUGCACGUUUUUAAUGUUGUUCCAUGCGUGAAUUUGUGGACUACACAAAGUAAAGAGCCAUUGUGUCCUUACACUGAGUGGAAAGUUCAGCACUGACUCAAGCUCGCAGUUGGUGUUGCACAAAGAAUGGGACGAUCUCCAUGACAAAGGCAAUGGCUUUGCAGGACUCCAGCCAGCAGCCUGCUCAACCCGACAAAGUGGGAUGGAUUCGCAAGUACUGUGGCAAAGGCCUUUUCAGGGAGAUCUGGAAAAACAGAUAUGUGGUGCUGAAAGGAGACAAGCUGUACAUCUCUGACAAAGAGGUGAAGGACGAGAAGAAAAUUCAGGAGGUGGUGGACCUAACAGACUACGAGAGGUCUGAGGAGCUUCGGAAGGCCAAGAGUCGGACCAAGAAAAAUCACAGCAAGUUUACGCUGUUGUGCGCCCGCCAACCAGGCAACAUAGUUCCAAAUUUGGUCUUCCUGGCUGUCAGUCCUGAAGAAAAAGAAUCAUGGAUCAACGCCUUAAACAUAGCCAUCACCAGGGGAAAGAACCGCGUUCUGGAUGAGAGCCGACUUGCUACUUCUCAUACACUCUUCAGGAGAGGGAAGGAUGGAGAGGAUGGAGUCAGCACACGAAGCCAGGUUGCAGUGGAAGGUGAAAGCGGUUUGGUUCAUCCCACGCGAGAUCGAGCUAAAAUCCCACACACACGCCGACUUCCCACCCGCGGGCACCUUUUAGCAGUGGCCUCGAAAUCUACUUCAGAUGGAAUGCUGACCCUUGACCUUAUUCAGGAAGAAGAUACGCCAUCUCCUGAAACGAAGGACCAGAACAAAUCUGCAAACUCCAGAAUAGACACCUGUAAACUUCUGCCUGAUUCUGAGGCUACGGUUAAAUCUCAGAGCCUCCCACGUAAAAGCGAGAGUUCUUGGAACUGGUGUGAGAGUCAAGCCCAAACACCCAAGGCUGUAAAUAAGUUCCGAGCCCCAGACAAGAACCGCUGUGCCUCCAUGGAUGAGAUCCUCUCUCACUCAGAAACCAAAAGACCAAUCCCACAUUGCUCAGCCUCAGCCCCCACGCAAUCCAUCUGCCAGCUACAGGAGCUCAUCUUGGUAAAACUGGAGAGAACUCAGGAGUUGCUCCGUGAGGUGCGGAGUCACACCCAGGGUAGAGGUGCAGGUUCUGCCCCAGGCAAAGAGGCAGAACGCCUGCUGGAGGAGGCGGCAAGUGCUUGGGGGCAAGCCAGAGAUGUGCUGGAAGAGGUGAAGGACAUCAAAGUGCUGUGCAGGCAGCUGGAGGAGUCCUCCUGCCCCAGUGACAAGCUGAAGAGCCCACAACAAAAUCAAUUCAGGAAGAGCAUGAUGUAAAGAUGUGGAUAAGGCGAUGCAAUGAUGCUAUUGAUGCAGUUAAUGGACUUAAUGGAUGAACAAAUAUUGGACUAUGAGACUGACUAAUAUUUCAUUUGGACAGAAAUGCCUCUAAUUUGUCCCUCUAUACAAUUUCAACAUUAUCAAAAGCUUUGUGGUCUAAAUGGUAAAGAAUGUUUAAAGACACAUUCACCCUGUUUUCUGCUACCUUCUACAAUGGGUUUUAAGUGACAAAAUCUUUGGCGAUAUCACCUGGACGAUCUAAAGACGUAAUACUCAUGGCACAUAAACCGAAAUAACUGAGAGACCUUAUUUAUUUAACAGAAAUGGUUUGGUUUGAUGCCAAACUGUGCCUGCAUUUUAUGAAUUUCCUCAAAUGAUUUUCACAACUGAUUUCUUACUAAAUAACAUUACAUGACAGUUAGCAUGCGUGUAAAUGUUUAAAUUGCACAUGCAGACUUGGGUCUUGUUUUAUACAACUGAUACUAUGUAGAAGGUUGUCCAAAGCCAGAAACAAGAAAUUUGCCAUAAUUCAGUCACUGCUUAUUUUACAGAAAGUGCAUGUUGUAGCUGUUGUGAAAUUCUGUCUGCAGUCUUCGGCCACUUUCUUAGGGAUACGUGAAGACAUGCUUAGCCUAUCAUGUGACAACAGUGCAACGCAUAAAAUGUAUUAAAAUUGAGUAAAAUCGCAUUUUAGAAUAGGGAAAAAAGAAGAUCUCAGUGACUUGUGGCAUAGUUUUUAGUGCCAAAGGGCUGGUUUGAGUAUAUCAUAAACUUCUAAUGUUUUGGAAUUUUGCAACAUCUAGUAAGCACAGGUUGUUGGGCGUAAAUACAUUGUUAAUGAGGUUGGUCUAAGAAGAAUGGUCUGCAUGUCAUGUUUACAACUGUGGUGAGCAGAAAACCAUUUAAAAAUGCACAGAUUAAUAAACUUUAAGGUAUAUGAGCUAAUACACACAAGACCAAUAAUGGAUAGUUGAAGACCAGACCAUGCUUUUCAAAAACAUGCGCUUAAACUGGGCUCAAAUUCCUGUUAAUUGCAAGAACUGUUGUCGAUGAAAAAUCAAAAGUUUCUGAAAUAGACAAACCAGCUAGUCUGGCAAGAACCCUGGUAACGUCACUGAGAUCACACGAUUCCAAAAAUUAGUAGGGGUGGAAGUGUUUCUAUUGAAGUGGCUGGUGAGUGUAUCAGUCCAUAAUGCAAGGAUCAGGCAGACAGAAAUUCACUGGUGUUCAGUAAUGUUUUUUCUGCACUGAAAACCAAUAUAGUAUGUCAGGGUAUUUUGGGGUGUCAGCUCUAACACUGCUGCCAUGGAGCUCUUUAUAAAGGAUUUUAAUAUGGAAGAGCAAAACUUUCAAGACAGUGGAGCUACUGAAAAAAAACACAGGCAUCACCAACCUGCCACAAUGUGAAUAUUAUAUUUUUCUGCUUAAUACACUGGAACAGCUCUGGUUCAUUGAGGAUGGAAGUCUUCAAAGCUGUGGCUGCGUGAGUCUUUGCUGCUUCUCUAAUGUUUUCCCAAUAAUCCCCAGCACACAUGGUCGAUUAUAUCCAUAAAGGACGUGAGUAGGUAUGCAGAAUAAAGCAGAUGCAGCCAAAAGCAGUGGCGGACAUGGUGAAGAGGCUUUUUGAAUAUGUGCAGCGGAAAGCUGAACUUGAAUUUUAUGUGGUUUGCUAGGCAUUUCUACGUACAUGCUAAUUGAACUUUUUUUCUCAGUAGAUGGACUCAUACUUAUAAAAGCCAUGUAUAGAUCUCUAAUCAGGAAUAUGGAUAAAAUCUGGUGCCAGCUGCUGGAAGAAGUUUUGGAAGAAGGAAGAGACAGAACUGCCACGAUAUUUGAGAUUUAGAGUUUGUGGAGGCUUGAAAGCUCAAAGGAAAUGGAUAACAAUCUCAAUCUCAAAUUUGCACUAUUGAAUGCUGUAAAACGGAAGUGAAACUGUCAAAGCUGUCUUUUUCAUCCCCUAAGGCAAGGAGCAGACAAUCUAACAGGAGCUAGCUUACCGUCAGUUACCUAAAAUGUUGGUACGAAGAUAAAAAAUAUGAAAAUGAUGCCUUAGUGUACUUUCCAAGGGCACAUGCUAUUUCCAAGGGCACAUGCUAUUUGCAUGUCAGACAUUCGUGUUUUCCAUUAAUAAAAUUUCACCUUCAAGUUGCCUGAACCGAUAAUAGGAGAGAUGUGCAUUGGCACAGAGGCCUUUACAUUAGGCCUAAUUUGCUUAAAAAGGAAAACAAAACUAUGCAAUAUUGCAUACAAGCCUGAAAUAAACAGGCGUCAAGACUUCGUGGGGAUGUAAAGUGUGAUACUGUAACAGACCAAAGGGUAUGUUUUACAGUUCGUAGCUUAUUAACAUGUUUGCACAAUUCUGUAGGUAUGAUUUAAAUCUGUUCUGUCAUUUAGGCCUGAUGACAGUGUUAUUUUUUUUGUACGUUUUUAUGUAAAACACAUUUUUCUCAGUAAAACAUUCUAGAAAGGUUUUUUUUUCCCAGAAAGUGAUUGAUUUGUAUAAUGCUUACCUGGACAAAAAGCUCAAAUUACAUUAUUUGAAUCUGAUGCACUAUGGCGUAUUUAGCAUUUAAAAAUGUAACAAAGCACAGUAUGUUUUUAAGGCUUGUCCUGCAUUUAUGUCUCUGUAAUAGAUCCAGAACUAAUCAAAUUUCCAUUCUAUAUGCAAUGGUAAUGCUGCAAAGAUGCCAGUAAUUUCUGUGUCUAACAUGUUUGAUUAUGUAACAUCUGGAGAAUCACCACAAUGUAUCCACUCAGUUAUGGAAAGAAGCUAAUUUCCCACACAUCUGCCAGACAUUAAGACACAUUAUUCAAUUUGGUUGUAAACAAACUGUACCACAGAUGAGAAGAUUUAACUUAUUUAAAAUUACACGGGCUGCAGACAGGAUGAGGACGUUAUUUCUAUAUAUGUAAUGAGUACCUUUAUAAUGAUGAGUUUAUUAUUGUUUCCUGUUUAAACUAAACAACAACAUUUUUUUUGUUAAAGUACUGUAUCUUAAACACAGGUUUAUUUUAUAUUUCUUAUUAUUACUAAGUUGUAAACCAAAUACUAUAUAUGAUUAUUUAACCUAUUUAUAGAUAUGCUUUAUGAAUUUUAGGCUUGACAGUCUUGCUUUAUUAACAUACACAUCUAAAGUAUCUAAAAGUGGUUAAAUAAUCCUGUAUUUGAUUUGCAAUACUUUUAUAAUAAGAAAUAUUACAUAAAUUGGCUAAUCACUUUUUUGGACAUUAUGAUAUAGUGCUUAAUGUUUUCUUAUAUUUAAAAUCCUUUCUGUAAUAUUUCCGCCAGAUAAUCUACAAGUUGUAACAAUUUAUCUUGAUUUCUGAAAAGGCUAAAUUGAAUUUAAUUUAAUUACUGAAUGAACGAUUGAUUUAUCAGACCUGUGGUCUCAGGAGAUGCAUACAAUUCCUUCAUAUUUCUUUCACCCAAACACAUUCUAGUUCAACUCCGGCCCUGUUUUAUUUUUCCAGUUAAAUAUACUAGAAUAAAUCCUAAGAGGGUUACGCCUAUAGAUUGUUUUUACUAUGAUAGUAAGUAUUGGUGUAGGGGUAUAAUAGUCAUUCUUAUAAUUAGGACUGAUUCUCUGAUUAUUUUGGUUGAUGUCACACUGUUGCUGAGAUGCCAAGCAGAUAUAGAUUGCUGGAAAUACCUCGGAAAUGCAGCUAUGUACCUCAGACAACGUUAUCAUUUCAGUUUAUCUGCUUGCUUUUAUAACGUUUUAUAAAAUUGAUGGUGUGUCCCCUUAAGUCUCCUUAGCUAUGUGCUUCAGGUAUAGCAAAGCUGGAUACAUGUGGUUAUGUGUGAAUACAUAAUUGUAGGUCUUGCACUUAUAUUUUUAUGCUCAGGAUUGGUGAAUCUCUGAUAUACUUGAGACAGACCACUUGUGCAAUUAAAAACCAUUCUAACUCCAUAAGCACCUUUUUAUACUGAGUAAAUGUCUGCUUUUUUCCCCCAUUGUUAGCAAUAGAAACAAUGUUCUGCAUUCACAGUAAAGAAGAUUCU